GCUCCGCGCUGGGACCGACAAUGCGCACUCCCGGCAUCGUCAUCUUCGGCCUGGUGCUGUCUCCGUGCGGCUGGAUCCUGGACCUGACCAGCACGGUGGCGCCCAACUGGCGCACGCUGACCAGCGUGUCCGGCCAGUCGAGCGACACGGUGAUCAACCAGGGCAUCUGGGACAUCUGCAAGAGCUUCACCACGUCCAGCUCCGUUACGUGCAACCUGCGCAGCACGGACCAGACCUACUUCAGCAACCAGAUCAUCACGGUGGCGCAGGGCAUGAUGGUGGCCUCGCUGAUCGUGACCCUCAUCGGGCUCGCAGUGGUCACUCCUGGAGCGCGCUGCUGGCGGAACCGACCCCCGCGCUGGGCGCUCACGUCUUUCGGGGGCGUGCUGAUCUUCUGCUCGGGUGUGCUGACCAUCAUCCCCAUUGCGUGGUACACGCAUUUGCUGCCCUCGCUCAACACCACCACGACCUUCACGAACCCCAGCAGCCCGGGGAUCACGGUGGGCUACUGCAUCGUGCUGGGCUACAUAGGGGGCAUCAUGGAGGUGCUAGCCGGCGUCGUGCUCUUCGUGGGUGUUUGCAGUUGCUGCGGUGGGAAGAACCGCGGAGAACAGCCUGUAACAAUCCCCGGCCCGACCAGGUACACCGCCAGGCCCAGACCCAGACCCAGACCCGAGCCCUACCCGCGUACCAACGUCCCGACCUCCACGAGCUCCAGCUCCAGCGUGUCUUACCCCAGAGAAGAACUGGACUUCCCCAGAGCCAAGAGCCAGUACAGAGGAACCGUGAACCCGUCCUACAGCGGGAAACCCUACGACGCAGAUUUGUGAAACACGGUGUUUGUUUAGUGCAGAGGUGGGUAAAGGUAGCGAGAGCCCACCCAAGUAGCAGCCAAAGUGAAAUAGUGUCUCAGGACAGAAUGAAGUGAAACCACCCUAAAAGCUAAAUGAAGUAACCGUAUGAAAAUUACUACAGAGAGAAGAUUAAGACUGUAAAAACUACGAGAUUAAUAUAAUGCUGCAUACUCCCUUCAUAAUCUAUAAUACUGACAUAGAAUUCUGUAAUAAACUACAGUGAUCGUCUGUCCGUUUAUAGGUUAUUAAACUGUCUGUAAGGGCUGUAUGUUAUGGAAAUCCUGUAGAAUGUCCUGCAGCAUUACUGAAGAUCUUUUUCAAAAGUAGAUUCCUCACAGACGUUUCCAUACUUAACGGUAUCAAAAGCCAAGAAAUAAAAAGGUGGCACUUUUAUAACACUAACUUCCCAAGAGGAACAACGCUUCAGAGACAGACGCAGAAAUAAAACUCAUGGCCAGGGGUGCCACACCUAUUUAUUUAGAUAAAUAGAAAUAAAGAAAGUAUGUUUUAAAUCAGGUUUUAAAAAGUAUUUUACAAUAUUACAAUAUAUUUGGUAAUACAUACUUCAAAAAUACAAAAUAUGAAUAUCAUCAAUGUCCAAAGAAAAACAAGUAACAGGAGAUGGCUUAACUUUUAGUGUAAGUUAAUGUAAAGAGACUUUAUUCUAAGUAAUUUGGGAGCAUUUUUAUUGGUGCAUUCAGGGUGAAAUUUUCACACAAUGUAAAGGAGAACUGCCAUGUUCAAAUUAUGUAGAAAAAUAAAAAUCAACAAAAAAUGGAUAUGCUUGUUAUUCUUUGGACAGAGAUGAUAUAUUAAGCUACAUAGUUCAAAAAAUGUUUGCUUUCUUACUUGGGAGAAUAGGGUAAACCGUCUGUAGGCUUUAUGAGGGCAGUAUAGCAGUGAUAUUUCUGUCAGUUUACCUAUUAUAACAAACCCAAGCAAACAGGUUGAGAAUGACACACUCCCACCUAUACGGUCUUCUUCUGUAAGAGGACUUUGAGUAAGGUUUGUUACAUCAGUUAAAUAAUGUCUCAGUUCAAAGUAAAGCAGGUAUUGAGCUCCAUAUAGAACUGCAUGUUAGGUGCUGUCCUUCUCUUUUUGGUCUUAAAUAUAGAGCUACGGCUCCAAAGAAAGAGGUGUGAACUGACAGAAACAAAUGAAUCGGAACGUAAAAAAUGUGAAAGAUUACAAUCAGGUAGAAAUACUUGAAUAGAAAAGUUAUCGCCUGGAAAAGGAAAGUACAGACUGUAGUAAGUGGUCCAUGCAACUAAGUGAAUGGAAUUAGUUACUACCCACCUCUGUCUUCCUAAACAUCACCGUUGAACUUCCUCUGAACUUUUAAGCCCUUCAUCUGAAGGUUUCUUAUAACAAUCUUUUAAACUGAAUGACUGUUUACAGCUGCUUGAGCCACAACUCUCCUCCUGCACUGACCGUCUAAUGAGGAGAUUGCAGCAGUGGCCGGCAUGAAGGAUUGAGAUUCAUGCUUUGAAAGAACAUCCGAUUCCAUAGUGUAGCCUAUGCAUAAGAGAACCUGUACUAGCAAAUCAGUUUGAAGUUAUUUAUUUUAAUGUUACCAAAUCCUUUUAUAGUAUACAACAUGACAUAAUAACACAGAUAACAUAUCACUGCUGUUCAAAAGAUCUCAAAAAAUAGAACGAGAAGGCAGAAAUGUUCUUAAAUUUAAAAUGAAUGUGAAGUGACUUUAUUCCUUGUGAUUUUGGAGCACUUUUGUCAGUCCGUUAAUGACGAAAUUGUCAUAUAAGCCAACAGUUAUAAGCUAAUGCAACACAGCUGCUGUGUUCAAAUGAUAUAGACAAGUAAAAAAAAAAGGAUAAAUGGAGCUACAUUCUUUGGAGCAGCAUUGAUAUGAUGGUCUCUUGAUCAGGGAAAGAGUAAUUAUACUGUAUAUAUGGAUCUAUAUCAUUGUGUCUAACUGAGAAGGAACAUCUGGCAGACUUAACUAUAACUGACUCUCAGAGCAGUUGCAUAGUUAGGUUUUCAAAAAAGGGCUAGUCAAAUAUAGGUCACGUGAUGUUUAACUGUCGACUUUAACAAUCCUAUGAUGCUUGAAGCUUUCACUUUGUAAAUACACGUUCUGAAUGAAUUUGAGCCUUGUGGACAAACCUAUUACUCAGGUAUAUUCGUACAUGACGGUGUAAAUAAAUAUUCAUCUUUAAAAUGUG